AUGGAUUUAUUAACUUAUCUAUCUAUCUAUCUAUCUAUCUAUCUAUCUAUCUAUGUGAAAUUAUUUAUGACUCAACCUAAUCUAUCUAUCUAUCUAUCUAUCUAUCUAUCUAUCUAUCUAUCUAUCUAUCUCAGUCUGUUCAUAUCUGUCUCAGUCUGUUCACACCUCUCUCUCUCUAUCUAUCUCAGUUUGUUCACAUCUAUCUAUCUAUCUAUCUAUCUAUCUAUCUAUCUAUCUAUCUUAUGCCUUUUCUUUACCUUUUCCUACAUUUCCUUUUUUCAACUUUUUUUUCUGUCCUUUACGCUUUUCAUUACUCUCUCUUUGUCUACUGCAAUUUCCUCACUCUCAUUCGACUUGUCGUCGUCGUCUUUCUGCUUCUUAAAAAUAGUUGUGAAUAUCUAUCUAUCUAUCUAUCUAUCUAUCUAUCUAUCUAUCUACGAUCUGUUUACAUUCUCUAUCUAUCUAUCUAUCUAUCUAUCUAUCUAUCUAUCUAUCUAUCUAUCUAUCUAUCGCAAUCUUCAUAUCUAUCUCAAUCUAUUCGCACCUCUUUCUCUCUCUCUCUCUCUCUCUAUUUCAGUCUGUCCAUAUCUAUCUAUCUAUCUAUCUAUCUAUCUAUCUAUCUAUCUAUCUUAG